AUGUAUGCCAGACUAGGGGAAUUCAGUGAAGAUGAUUCACCAGAGUACAAGUGGCAACAAAAACCAGAGUACAAGUGGCAACAAAAACCAGAGUACAAGUGGCAACAAAAACCAGAGUACAAGUGGCAACAAAAACCAGAGUACAAGUGGCAACAGAAACCAGAGUACAAGUGGCAACAAAAACCAGAGUACAAGUGGCAACAAAAACCAGAGUACAAGUGGCAACAAAAACCAGAGUACAAGUGGCAACAAAAACCAGAGUACAAGUGGCAACAGAAACCAGAGUACAAGUGGCAACAGAAACCAGAGUACAAGUGGCAACAAAAACCAGAGUACAAGUGGCAACAAAAACCAGAGUACAGAAAGUACAAGUGGCAACAAAAACCAGAGUACAAGUGGCAACAGAAACCAGAGUACAAGUGGCAACAGAAACCAGAGUACAUGUGGCAACAAAAACCAGAGUACAUGUUGCAACAAAAACCAGAGUACAAGUGGCAACAGAAACCAGAGUACAAGUGGCAACAAAAACCAGAGUACAAGUGGCAACAGAAACCAGAGUACAAGUGGCAACAAAAACCAGAGUACAAGUGGCAACAGAAACCAGAGUACAAGUGGCAACAAAAACCAGAGUACAUGUUGCAACAAUACUCUGAGCUUAACUGA